AGCUACCGAAGGGGCGGGCUUCUAGAAUUAAAUGGAAAAUGUCGAUUUGACUCCUCCUAUCUUCCGUGGCCAGAUCUUGUGAACAAAAACAAACGAAAAACAGUGACGCAAAGCCCUCUUUUUAAAAAACAAUCUGGUUUCCGGAAGUAGCGAUAAAGAGUUAAGAAACGAGACUCCUUUGUUACGCGUUAGUAAUCUAGUAACGUUGCAUUAAGUCGUAAACAGCUCUGGUAAAUUAAAGCAAAUACCAAGAGCUCCACCGUAGUGAGCGGAUAUUUUUUUUAAUUAGCAUUUUUGUUCUUAAUUAUAACUAUGGCUAUAACUAAUAACGUUUAGCUUCGUAAUGGUUAGAUUAAACUAAUUCAGAACUUGUGUCACGCAUAAACUGUUCGUCCCUUCUCAUGGCAGCCUCUUAGCUCUGUCUGGGUGUAAUGACAUGACCUGUACAUAACAAAUGUUAUGCGGGGAGAAAGUCUCAGGAAAGUACUGGGCGAGUGGCAAGUCAGCUAACAGACUGUGUGUUCAAUGGACAGAGGCAGCGAAGACGACGCGCCUCACGAUGAACAUCGUGGUUGCCAUGCAGCCAGCACGGAAGACGGAGAGGUGGAGGUUACACCUGCAUGCAGCCUUUCAGGUGGAGUUUCAGAAAUUUUGGCCCACGGAAUCUGGGGACUUUUGAAUCAGGAAGAAGAGAGGAUGACUGGUCCCACUAUGUUUGGAGAGCAGGGAGAUGUUGUUGAUCCCCCGUCUGUGUCUCCCAUCAGCCUCAUGGAUACCUGUGCUCCCUCCAUAUCCACCCUUCCCUCCUGCUCAUACUCCUCUAGCCGUCACACCGACUUUUCCUCAUCAUCUUCAUCUUCUUCUCCCUUGUCCUUGUCUCCACCCUUGCCUCCUUCCGUGGAGCUUUCAGCAGUGUUGACUGAUACAAGAUUGACCCUGGAUGUGUACCGGGGAGGUGCAGCUGCAUUGCCCCUCCUGUGGGAGUCCAUCCCAGGGCAGCUGAAGGGCCUUCAGUACCUGAGGUUGGGCUCUGAGGAUAAAGCAGGGCUGGAUGGUGCACUGGAUGUCCUGUCCCAUCUGACAGGGCUACGAUCACUGGCUAUUCGGGGACACUGUUUACAUGACUCAAGAGGUGACCCUCUGCCUGGCCUCCUCACCACGUUGCCAGCAUCUGUUUCCUCACUUUCCCAUCUGGUGCACCUGGAUCUCUCCUUCAACCAGCUCUCCUGUUUGCCAUCCUGUCUGCUUAGCCUUCCCAUGUUGUCCUCGUUGCUCCUCUGUCACAACCACCUCUUGGCUUUGCCCCCUGAUAUAGGCCAGCUGUCCUCCCUCACCUACCUCUCCCUCCUGGGGAAUGAGCUGGUGUCUCUCCCCCCAGGUCUGGGUCAACUGAAAGCACUACAGACUCUGGAUGUGUCAAAUAACCUCCUCCAGGAGCUACCUGAUGAAAUUGGUUCACUGGAGGAGCUUGUUAAGUUGGAAUUGUCCCAGAACAAGCUAAAGCAGCUACCAGAGAGCAUGGGCUCUCUCCUUUCACUCAGGGAACUUGUCAUCUACAGCAAUGACCUCCGUCUGAUCCCACUCUGUCUGAACAAACUGCCUCUGCUUAAAAUAGACGUCCGUGACAAUCCCCUGGGACGACCUCCAACGCCUCCUCCUCUCUCUCCUACACCUGAUGAAGCAGAAACAAAACUCCCAGAACUGCACAUUGGGUUUAAUCAGCACAGUUUCUGCAUUUCGUCUGCCGGGUGUCAUGUGUUCCUCCCAGGGGGGGCUGAACUGGUGUUCCCCCCAGGAUGCAUAGUGACAACCACAAAACUGGCCUGGGCCGAGAAGAGGCCACAGCGAAAGUGGGUACAGCUGGAGGAGCAUGAGAUCCUUCUUAGUCGUCCACUAGAACUUCGUCCUCAUGGAGUCACAUUUUUAAAGCCUGUGGAGGUAUGUGUGCCAUAUCACCGGACAAAAAGAAAGGAGGUGGUGGUGCGGACGUUUGAUGGACAGUCAUGGAGCACUUUGCCCACUGAGCUAAGGAGAGGAAGUGAGAGCCAUAGCAGUCGCCCUGGGGGACGUCCAGCCAGGCUGGCGUGCUGCUCAGUGAACCACUUUUCCUGGUUUAUGGCAGUGUCUCGCCCAGUAAAGGACAGCUGCUCUGUCACACCAGCCGGAUGCUUACUGGUGUCGAGCGCUGAUCCUGGAGUAAAGCUUCACUUUCCUCCGGAUUCCACAGUGGACACUCGCACCAUCACUUUACAGGUGUUGCAGGUGUCUAUGUCAGACGUCCAGGUGCUGUGCGGUGAUCCUCAGGCUAGAGUCAGCCCCCUACUUUGUCUCUCCCAGACUUCCAGCAUGCAUUUCCUACAGCCAAUCAAAGUUCAGAUUCCCCUGCCAUCUGGCGUCACAGGCCAUACAGUUGAUAUGUCCUGUUUGCAUCUGCUCCAUGGAGAUCCCACUGCCCAAACCUGGACUGACAUCACAGCACAAGUCUCUCUCUAUGUUACCCAUUUGUAUGCCAUUUUCUACAUUACGCAUUUCUCCUGGUACUGGCUCUGGUAUACUACACAGCGCUGCGUCAGUGGGGUGGUCAGGAAGAUCUACCAGAGGCUAAAACAGUUCAAAGUCCAAUUCCUGGUCCUCCAGAGGAAGACUGAUCCUUCACAGGUUCUGCUGCAGUGCUUACCUUCUAACAAGGUAGAGAGCAGAAUGCAGUCUUUGUCAGAGCAAUAUGAUGGACCCCAGCCUUCAGACCUGUGUGACCUGCUGGAAGGAGAGCAGUUCUUUGCUGGCUUUGAGAGGGGCCUAGAAAUCAGCACAGACAGACCAGACUGUGUAGGGGGAAGACUCUGUUUCGAGUUUUACUCCAGCCUGAAGAAUCUGAAGGAAGUGUAUAUCUGUUCAGCACAGGGUCAGAAGGGACCAGUGAGGGGGCAGGUGUCCUUUUAUAGAGGGGAGAUUCCCAGCAACCUGCCAGAGGAAGUGGCCAGAAAGAGGAAAGGACUCGACAGCCAGUGGCUUACAACUUUACCUCUAAGACUUCCUGCUCUAAACUCAGAGAACAGUUUCAUCAUGGAGGAGGUCGAGUAUCCUCCUCUGAACCUGGGUGACCCUGAGAGUGGCUACCUGACAGAAGCCAACCUGCUGUCCAUCUCUCUUCAGAUAGCACAAGACUGGCGUGUUAUUGGCCUCAAUCUGGGCUUGAGCUACCAAGAACUGGAACGCAUCCAGUACAAGAACAGAGACAACCUGGGUGCCUUGGUCCUGGACAUGCUGUUUCACUGGGCCCGGGUGCAGAAGAACGCAGGACCCGGGGCAGUGUCGCGGCUGGUGGCUGCUAUGAUCGAGAGCGGAAGGAGAGACCUGGCCGAAGAGAUCGAGGACAUUGUCAACAUAGGAAGGAGAAAGUACACAGAGUCCUUGAGGAGAGUAGGUCUGGAAGCAGAGAGCUCCUCUCUGGGUGAAAAACAGCAGUAGAUGAACCCAUGCUGGACACAGAUGGCUGACUUACACUUGAGUGACCUGUUUGUUUACAGUGGGCCUCCACUAUCUUGUUCUGCUGCCAUCAACUGCAGAAGUGCACAAUCAUGAUAACCAGCUACGUGCUGGUGGCACCUUCCAUAAGUUCAACAGAGGAACAGGUGAAAUGGAUUUACUGUGUAAAUGGCCUAUGCCUCGUUUUUACACACACACACUUGGUUUUGUGUGAAAACCAAGAAAAUGAAAGAGAAAAAAUACAAGUAUCUAAGCAUCUAAAGCAGGGAUGUUGAACUCAUUGUACAUGAUGGGCCAUGUACAAUCCACUUUAAUCUUCAUUUAAGUCAUUUAAUUAUUUAAUUUAUACUAUUUAAUGAAUAUAUUAACUUGGUAUAAUAUGAAGGAACAUGUGUUAGGAAUAGUAGGAAGAGAUGCUCAAAACGUAUUAAAAUGCUGUUAAAAGUCAUAAUUUUAUGACCUUAACAUUUUCCAAAGCUGUCCAGCUGGUUGGAUUGGAGUCUUUGCUGGGCAGAUUUUGGCCCCUAGGCCUUAUGUUUGACAGUCCUGAUCAAAAUCAUCUUAAACUUUUGACUCCAUAUCUCAUAUCUUUGACUUUUUAUAUAUUUGUUUUCUUUACCACUUUAUAAAAUUGUCUCAUUCAUUUAAAAAAACAUCUCAUUAUUUCAAACCAUAAUUUCACUAUAAUUUUGAAAGAGCAUUUCAUGUUUUUGAUUCAGAAUCAAAUUAUAAUAACAAACUAUAAUUAUUUUUUAAAUAUACCAAUGACUGCAUCUAUUAAUGUUUUUUUUUUAUUUCUGGUACCUGUUCAGACACAGCAAACAGCUCUGAGACCUGUGAGCGUGUUACAGGACUGCACUAAAACUGCAAGCAUAAGCCAUUUUUACAGCUGAUUACAUUUCCUCCUUGUGUGCCUUUGGUCACUGAGUAAUCAGUUUAGCUGCAGCACAAUCUCAGUAUGAUAUGAGAACGUUAGAUCUUUGUAAUGUAUGAAUGUGCACUUUUUUAAUAUGUCUUAUAAGUAAAAUUGGGAUAUAAUUUUU